AUGCCAUUGAGUGGAUUGGACAAGUACGAGACCUUGGUUCGAGUGCCAGACUUUGGAGGCCCAGUCUCGCAAGAGGACUAUACCAGCCACUUCCAAGAGCACUUUGCAUCACAAAUCGUGCUGCGUCGACUCUCGGCGGACUUCAACAAUGUCCUUAGCAGUGUAUCGAGCUCGCCAGCGUCCUCCGUCUCGUCGUCCGCGUCCCCUGCGCCGGCCAUCCCCGGCGCUAUCAAGCCACUUGUCAUGCAACUCGAUCAAUGGCGAGAGUUGCUGCCCCUGCACCUUCGCUGGGUUGAACGAGACCAUGGGGCCUUUCUGCCAUCCAGCCAUGAUGUGUACGGCACCCCAGUGUAUCAAACGCCCACUCCCGUGACGGCGCCGUCGCCAGCUCUUCCCACUGCGACACCGCCUGUCACAUCUGUUACGUCUGUCACAUUUACACCCAACCUCAACAGCCACCCGGUGGCUUACCCCUACGCCAUGGACACUCAGGUCGCUCUGCUCCGCACGCGCUACUAUACCACGAGACUCCUACUCUACAGGCCGUUCCUGUACAAGGCGCUUCACCACCCGGACCAGAUGAACAAUGAGGAUGCGGAAGGGGUUGCAAACUGCCUCAAUACGUGCCUCAUGUGGCCAAUCACCAUGUCCCCGGCCUGCACGCGGAAGCUGCUCAUCCCGUGCCUGUUCUUCUGGACGCAGAACAUCCUCGGGGCGCUUGUCAUCUUGCACCUGAGCGAGAAAGUGCCCAUCCUCGCGCGGAUCAGGGCCAGCGGCAUCUGCGGGCCGAGCUUCGAGGCCAACGCACGCGAGACGGUCAGGCUGGGCGUGGAAUGGAUUGACGACCUGAGGGAGGUGGACUCAGAGGCUGAGUGGGCCUGGGGCGUCGCCAAGGGACUUUUCGGCCUGGAUAAUUGA